AUGUGCAGACUAAGACGUGUGCUGGGUCUGGGGGAGGAGUGGAAGGGAGGCGACGUGGCUCGGACGGUGGGCGGAGGUCAGAAGGUCAGAUGGUUGAAGAGAGAGCUGCUCAAACACGCUGACAAGAAGGACACGGUCAUCCUGUUUGUGGACAGUUAUGACGUGAUCUUUGCGUCGGGUCCCGAGGAGCUGUUGUCCAAAUUUUCCCGUCUGGGUCACAGAGUGGUUUUCUCCGCUGAGGGCUUCUGCUGGCCCGACCAGAGACUGGCCUCCAGAUACCCAGAGGUGCAUUCUGGGAAACGCUACCUCAACUCAGGAGGGUUCAUCGGCUUUGCUCCAGAGCUCAGCACGAUCGUCCAGCAGUGGAAGUACAAAGACAACGAUGACGAC